AUGUUGAAUGGCUUCGACAGCAAUGCGCACUUCAAGGGUCUCAUGGAGCAAAUGGACAUCAUGCGGGAAGACAUGGAGACGAUCUUCAACGUGCUGGACUCGAACAGAUCUGGUGAAGUUGACUAUGUAGAGUUCUGCCAGCACUUGGGCAACUUCCGCAAGCGGGACCUCCACAUGAUGCCCUCGCUCAUCAAGUACUCGAUCAUGGAAAUACGGCAGGUGAUAAAGCGCGACAUCGUGCAGAUGCUGGAAGAGCACACCGAGAUGCUUUUUGACAACCUAGAGGUCCUUUCUUCCGUGCCUGCCUGUGGUGAGAAGGCCGAAGAGAUGCGAAUGCGGCGCCGUGGGGCGCCCUCGCUUCGAAGACAGGGCAAGUCUCAGGGCAAACCUCAGUUCUUCGGCGACCAGUCCGGUGCCAUUGCAGCCGCGUACGGCCCAGAGUUGCCGGAAGAGGUGGAGGACCCGCACGAGAUGCUAGAGUGCCUUGAUGUCACCUGCAGGACGCUUCAGGGCAUGCAGGUCCAGCUCGACUCCAUGAUGUCCCGAGCAGAGCAGUUGACUGUAGCAGCCCUGGACAGUGCACUGGAGCCUUUCGCCAAGCACAAAAGGCGCGAGGGAGCACGAAGAGCGGAGGGAAGCUCAUCGCCUGCACUGGAUAUGCACCAAGCAGCAGAGUUGGAGGCGAAAUGUGCCUCUGUUCUGUCAAACCUGGAGCAGCGAGUGCGCGAAGAGGAGCGGCUUCAGGAGAGAUGCCAAAGUAUUAUGCGAGCACUGGACACCCUCAUGCACGAUCCAGACUGUGGGCUGGCCAUUGUGAAGCAGUCUGCUGGCGUCCCUGCGUCACUCGCGCCCGAGCUCUCAGAGGCCGAGUGCUGCCGCUGGCUCGGCAUCUUUGCCCGGCGGAGAUACACAAUCCUCCUCUUCCUGGGACCAGACCGCGCGCAGCUGCGUAUGGAGCAGGUUGAAGCUUCUGAAAGCGGAGAUGAAGAAGAAGUGGAGGAGAUAGAGGCAGACAAGACUGAAGACCACCCGAAACCCCGACUUGUCGAGCAUGAGAUGUCUCUGCCACUGGCCUUGGCCUCUUCAUCGGCCCCCUUGCGGAUCCUGGGCCCACGCAUGUCCUGGCGGUGGCGACGCGUGGUGGUCAUCCUUUUGGCCGUCUUCUCCAGCUCUGAAGGUGGGCCUUUGGAAGAGCAGCAGGAGCAGCAGUGCCUGCAUCUGGAUGGUUACCCUGGGCGCUGCCCAGUCUACAUCAUGAAAGGCGCUUGCUAUAGUGAUGAAGAGGGCGUGGCCUGGGCCUGCAUGACUGAUGGCUUGGACGCUGUCCCACCGGCAGGAUGCAGCUCCAUGCAGCUGCCGCCUCCACAUAAGGGCGCCUAUGCAGGCUACUGCAGCUUUUCUCUGAAGCCGACGACGCCAACGACGACAAGCACAACGACUCCUUGUCCCGUGUCAAGGCUUCGCAUCGUCAACCGGUGUUUGGAGAAGCCUAUUUGGAUCGCACAUGAGGCCGCCGGAGGCAAAAUUGGCCCCAGCCGGCAGAAUGUGAAGAUCGAGCCAGAUGACUUUCAUGACUUUUGCACCCCUGACAAGCUGGUAGGCACUCGUUACUGGCCAAAGAUGCUUUGUGACGAAAAUGGCGUGAAUUGCUUGUUGGGAAGCAGCGGAGGGCCCGGAGAAGGUUGCAGCGGCUCCGGGCAAUACCUCUCCUGCGCGCCGCCCAUCGACACGAAGUUCGAGGCGACCUUCGGCCGAAGAGGAGCACCCUGCAACGGCCAGAGCUCGCAGGAUUGCGACUUCGUUGACGUCAGCUUGGUAGACGGCUGGACGUUGCCCUUUCGGCUUCUCAUCGCUGGAAGCUGUUCCGGAGGUGGCAACUUGCAUCCCGACGAGAUAGACUGCUCAGGACUGACAUUCGAGCAGUGCCCCACAGAAGAAAGGCUGGGAACGAAGACCUUUGAUAUGCAGGCCCGGCAUUGGGGAAGUGGCAGCAUCGCUGGUUGCUACAGCCCCUGCCUCAAGCUGACGGAUCCCAAGUGGAACAAUACGGCAUCCAGAGGUCGCUCACGGACCGACGACGUGGCUGCACCCUACUGCUGCCCCACUCCACCGAUCUCUCCCCAGGCUUGUCGCGCGGGCCCAGUGGAAGAGACUGAAUAUGUCAAGGCGGUUCACAAAUACUGUCCAGGCGUCUACGCCUACUGUUAUGAUGAUGCGAUGGGUCUGCUACAAUGCUCUGCGGAUUCCAACUAUGAGCUCGAAUUCUUCUGCCCCUGGCCGAUGCCGUCCUGGAACUAUGUCUGGGUGACCAGCACUCGCACCAGUUCCUCGCAUACAGAAACGUCAGCUACCUCCACCCGCACAUCCACCUCCUUCACUACCAGGACUGCUUCGUCCACAACUCUCGGCAGCACCCUCACCUCGACCCGUACAUCGGUCACAGCGACGACUGCAACUGUAACAAAGACGACGAGGACAACCACAAGCCAUGAGCAGGCUGGAGCAAUGGGUGCCAAAAGGAGGCAUGCGAAGAUUAGUGGAAGCAAUUCUGCCACCACAUCUCCAAGUCCCAGCUCAAGUGCCGUUGGUCUUGAUGUGCCCUCGAAACAGGCGAAAUCUGAGGGCUCAGAGGCACGUCUGCGGGAUUUAGAGUCGGCGGUGGGGAUUGGCGACGUGCAGGGUGGGCCUCCCUUCAGCUUCCUGAACCAGAUUGGAAGGUCACUAGUGCACCGUUUGUGCCCAAUGCGUUGGAAGUGUCGCAAAGAUGACGGCAACUGCGACUAUCUGCGACUGCGAGCGGACAUUGCACCUCUUUCCAUUUCGGGCGUAUGGCGCUCGGUGGCCGUUCAGCUGGAGGUCUACAAGGAGCGCCCCGCACCUAGCUGCGCUUUCUCUCUGGCCCUGCUGACCUGGCUUGCAGCUCUCUACAGGAUUCUGCGGACGGAUUUUCCGCCGCCGGGCCCGGCAGGGCUUUGCAUGGACCCCGCCGCCGUGCGCUUCGCCCAGGGCUUCGAGGCGAAGCGUUGGCUGCUACAUGCCUUGUGGCCGCUGGAGCCAGGCUACCUGCGCGGUUUCCUGAGCUCUUCGCUUCUAUUGGUGUUGGGUUACUCCCUGGAGUACGAGCUGGGCAGUGCGCACUUCUGUGGCCUCCUGCUGGGACUCCAGAUUGGAGCUGCCUUCUUGUUGUUGCACUUUGGCUUUUCAAUGUGUGUCAUUUCCUUGGAGCCAGCGAUGGCCGGCUUGGCGGUCAUCGCCCACCGUGUGAACCCGAAGGUGCACAGCGACGGACUCGGCGCAGCAUUGAAGCUGCCCUUCGAGGUUGAACCUCGAUGGCACAUCUGGGUUCUUUUGGGGCUCCUGCUGAUGCAGGCUGGUGAUUUCCCGAAUGCCUUGGUGGUGCACGCUGCAGGCCUCCUCCUUGGCGCAGUGGUGGUGUUGAGGGAGCCCGAGGUCUGGGGAGACGCUUGGCGUGCUUUGGUUGGCCGAUCGUUCACCUGCGGGGCAGUGGCUCACAUUGUGCUGUUCGUCUUCACAAUUGUCUUCAUGCCGCUGACUGUGCCCGAGGCUCCGGCGGACCUGCUCGCGCUCUUUCAGGCAGCACUGGCAGACGGCCGCCUGUUUAAGCUGUCCUGGUGGAAGGACUCGAUCCCAUCGUCCCUCCCAUUGCUGCAUAUGGCCAUCGCUGGACAGCUGGGCGGAGAGGCUGCAGGGGAUUGUAAACAGUGUGCAGAAGCCUCGAGAGGCCGGCAAUCUCGGCUGAGAGUCGAGCCGUUUCUUGGAAGGCCUUGUACAUUUGCCGAUUCCUGCUGA